UUUCAACAACAUCUCCUGACGCAAAAACCAUGGUGGUCACAAGCUCGGUUCUAUCAUCCACAACAAAUACAAAUAGACAAAAUUUGUAUAUUGGAAUUGGAACCUUGCUGCUGAUACUAACGGCAAGCCUCGAAAUACAGUAAACCGAUAAUGACUUUUUCGUGCAUACUCCUGUAUUUACUGCUGAAUUGGAUAUGUUUCGCUGAUGCUAAAAUUUCGAAAUCGAAUGUUAUUUUGGAAGACAAUAAAUAUAACGAAAUAGUAAUCGCCAUCAAUCCACACGUACCUGAAAGCAACGAUCUUAUAGACAGCAUCAAAGAAUCAUGGAGAGAGGCGUCAAAUAUUCUGUUUACCGCCACAAAACAACGAGCUUACAUUGGUGAAGUAACUAUUCUUGUACCAAGCAACUGGAUCAAUUAUAAAACAACAGCAACAGUGUCCGACGGCGAAACAUAUGACAAAGCUGAUGUUAUCAUUGCCAAACCAAAUCCAAGCUACGGAGACGCCCCUUAUACUCUUCAAUAUGGAGGAUGUGGAUCACCCGGCUCUUAUAUUCAUUUUACACCAAAUUAUUUUCUGGACGAACAUAUGGUAACGAACUUUGGAAAGAGAGGCAAAGCAAUUGUUCACGAAUGGGCACAUUAUAGAUGGGGAGUUUUUGAUGAAACAUCGGAGGUUAACCCUUUUUACGAUGAUGUUGAUGGAAAUUCUUUAUCUGACGAUAACACAGGCCAAAAGCUAAAUUCAGCCACGCAGUGUCCAAAAGAUUUCAGGGUAUGUUGUGUUGAAAGCACAGACGAAGAAUGUAGAUUGGGUAGAUCCAGUUGUCAAAUUGAAAAUGGGCUUUAUACAGAGGACUGUAUUUGCUAUCCAGGAAAUUCAGAUGUAGUAUACAAUACAUCCUUGAUGUCUUACCAAUAUCACGAAGAGAUUGUUGAAUUUUGUGAUGAAACUAAUCAUAAUAUGAACGCGCCAAACCAGCAGAACCGGUUAUGCGGCCUAAGAAGUGUGUGGGAUGUUAUUGAAGAGUCCGUUGAUUUUCAAGGAAAUAAAAAUCCACCUACUGAAGCUUCCAACAAAGUUGAUCCAAUUUUUAGUGUGAAAAUCGCGCAAGCCUCCCAGCGAUUUGUUCUCGUACUCGACGUUUCGGGAAGCAUGGCUGAAAUUGAUGGAACAUCGGGGGAGACUCGUUUUGAUCAAAUGCAGAAAGCGGCCAAUUAUUUCAUAGUCAACUCAGCUCCUCCCGGAUCCUACGUUGGCAUUAUAGAGUUUGACAGAUCAGCAAGGAACAACAGUGGAUUAGUUAAAGUAGAAACAUUGAAUAGCCGAGAAAAUUUAGCGAGGAAACUCCCUAAAAAUGUUGGAGAAAGCUGCAGUGUUUGCACUUGCAUCGGAUGUGGGUUGAAAAUGGGAAUUCAGAUGCUGGAAGCGGGUGGCGCUAAUGCUGCUGCUGGGCAGUUGCUUGUCAUGACCGACGGUUUGGAAACUUCGGGAUCAACUAUAUUAAUAGCAGAUGUCGCGGAUGACAUUAAAUCAAAGAAAAUCGUAAUUCAAACAUUAUUUGUGUACAUCUCUGAGAACCAAGAACUUGCAGAUCUUUCUAUCGAAAGUGGGGGAAGUUGGUUUUUUGCUGGCGAGGACAAUCUUCUGGCAUUGCUGGACGCUUAUGACCAAAUGGCUGAAGUUACUGAUGGGGACGACACUAAGAAAACCUUCCAGAUUCUCAGUGAGUCUUACAGAUUAGAAAGCAGUGAGAGCAGUUUUAUAAACAAUAUUAUAAUAGAUGAAACUAUUGGCAGAAACACUGUUUUCACAUAUACAUGGUCGUACGGCGAUAUUGCUCCAAGCGUUUUGCUGACUCCACCCUAUGGAAAUUGCUUUUACACCAACGAUAAAUCUAUGACGGCGAAUCCUUGUCCAGAUGUACAUUCUAUCAACGUGGAUUAUAAAACGUUAAGAUUUGGACUCGACAACACAGCGUAUGGAACGUGGGCAAGUUAUGUACAAAAGCCAGAUAGCAAUUCCCAGACGAUAACAGUUGUCGUGACAUCAAUGGCUGCAAGCGAUGAAGUAGAACCGAUCAUUGUUGAGUCAAUUUUGAGCUUUGAACGAGGCCAACCGCUUGUUUAUGCAAAGGUUUCGCAAGGUUUGAAUCCGGUACUAGGAGCAACAGUAAUAGCAACUGUUGUGAAGCCUGACGGUGAAAAUAGCUCCCCCAUUCAACUUUGGGAUCGUGGUGCAGAGCCGGAUGUGCGUAUAAAUGAUGGAAUAUAUUCAAGGUUCUUGACGGGAUUUUCGGACACGGGGAAAUAUUCAGUUAAGGUAAAGGUACAAUCCGAUUUUCUGGGAUACGACACUUCUAGUGUGGUAAGACUCUCUACAGCAGCCUAUAAUCCAGGAUACGUAAAUGAAAACGGAACGAUUAUUCCAAAUCCUGAUGGACCAACAUUGCUGCCAAAAAAUACAACGUUUGGUAUAUCAGCGGAAUCAUUGGGAAAUUUUACUCGUCAGAUUUCAUCUGGAUCUUUUGAUUACGUUCCGCCUUCUGGUGGAGGGUCACACGCUGACGUAUUGGCUCCCAGUAAAGUGAUGGAUUUGAAAGCAACUCAGAAAAAUUUCACUGAUUACACACAAGGUGUUGUGCUCGUUUUCACAUCGCCAGGGGACGAUUUUGACAGCGGAAAAGCUUCAGAAUAUGAUAUUCGUUACACUAUGAGGGAUGUCAACGAGCUUCUGACUAAUUAUGAAACUUGCCCAAAAAUUGACGAUGCUAGCGUCCUUGAAGGAAACCUUUCUAAUCCCUCAGAAGCGGGAAGUACCCAAACCAUUGUAGUUCAAACACCAAAUGUUACGAAUGAAAACGUAACGACUAUAAGCUUCGGUUAUGCAGUGAAAGCUAUUGAUGAAUCUGGCAACGUUGGAGAAAUAUCAAAUAUAGCAAUUUCAAACUAUUAUUUUGAACCACCUGUUUUUGCUGUUCCAACAACCACAUCGAGUCCUUCUACAGCAGCUUACCUGAGUACGUCAGCUAAUUUAACCGACGAUACAAUCACGAGCAGCAUUUCAACAACAUCUCCUGACGCAAAAACCGUGGUGGUCACAAGCUCGGUUCUGUCAUCCACAACAAAUACAAGUAAACAAAAUUUGUAUAUUGGAAUUGGAACCUUGCUGCUGAUACUAACUGCAAGUCUCGCAUCUGCAGUGAUGCAAAAUUAGAUGAUGAAGUAAAAUGCAAGAGAAGUCUGUUCGCAAGAACCCAUAUUCAGACGGUUAUAUACUUUGAACAAAUUAGAAUGCACAUAUAUAACUUUUACAAUUUAUAGAUAUAUAUAAUUUAUGAAAUGCAUUUAUUGUCAAUUUGUUAAUGAUUUCUCUCUAUAAAAUUUCCAAUAUAA